AUGUUAUCUUCAUCGGAUAUGAAUUAUACCAAUUAUUUAGACAAUCUCUCAUCUCAUUUGAAUCAUUAUCUAUCGAUUAUAAUACUUCUUUUUGGUACUGUUGGUAAUCUUCUAAAUUGUCUUGCUUUAUCACAACGAACUCUACGUACUAAUCCAUGUGCUUUUCUCUUUUUGGCUUCAUCUAUUGCCAAUAUCAUCACUUUAAUUUCUGGUGUAACUGUUCGUUUAUUAGCUAGUUGGUCAGCUGAUCUAACAGAUACAAAUAGAUGGCUUUGUAAAUUUCGUAUAUUUAUUUUAUUUUCAUCUAGAACAAUAGCAUCAUGGUUAAUCGUGUUAGCUACUUGUGAUCGAUGGCUUUCAUCAUCUAUCAAUAUUCAUCGUCGACAAAUGAGUUCAUUAAAAAAUGCUCAACGAAGUAUUAUUGUUAUUAUAUGUCUAUCAUGUCUUAUAUAUAUUCAAAUAUUUUAUUGUUAUGAAGCUAAUUUAACUGAUGCUCCACUUAAAUGUUAUGGAAAAACAACAUGGUGUCGUUUAUUAAUUGAUUUAGAAUUCAUUUUUAUUAAUAUUUUAAUAUCUUCAUUAUUGAUGUUUUUCUUUAGUUUUAUGACAAUUUUGAAUGUACGUCAUAAUGUUCUACGUCGAAUUCAAUUUGUACCUACAAAUAUAAUGAUUCCAACAGCAACUAUGAAAAAACAUUCACAAAGAUUGAAAAAAACUGAACAUUAUUUACUUUGGAUGCUUUUCAUUCAAGUUAUUUUAUUCAUAUUAUUAUCUUUACCACAAGCUAUUCAAAGUCUUUAUACAAAUAUUACUCGAUUUCAAGUGAAAUCUAAAUUACAGAAUACAACUAAUAAUUUUCUUUUUAAUUUAUUUCUUCUUUUGACUUAUGUAAAUAAUGGAAUACCAUUUUAUAUUUAUACAUUAAGUGGCGGACCUAUUUUUCGAAAAGCCUUAGUUCAUUCAAUAAGAGAUUUUAUUCGAAUGAUUACCCGUCAACGAAGAUGA